AUGGAGGACGGAGAACUCGAUUUCUCAACCCAAGAAAUGUUUCCAGCUGCAAACAUCGGUGACAUUCCCAGCAAUGAUUCAAUGGGCAGUUUCUUUGAUGAGAUUUUCAAGGACGCACAUGCAUGCACCCACACCCACACAUGCAACCCACCAGGCCCUGAUUCCUCCCACACCCACACCUGCUACCAUGUCCACACCAAAAUCGUUCCCGCCAUUAGUGGAGAUGAUGACAAAACCCCCACAGAUGACACUGCUGAGUCAGCAGAAAAGAAAGGUAAAAAACGACCUAUAGGAAACCGUGAAGCUGUAAGAAAAUAUCGGGAAAAAAAGAAAGCACGUGCUGCUUCUUUGGAAGAUGAAGUGGUUAGAUUAAGAGCUUUGAAUCAACAAUUAAUGAAGAGGAUUCAGAGUCAAGCAGGGUUGGAAGGUGAGGUGGCAAGAUUGAAGUGUUUGCUUGUGGAUAUUAGAGGGAGAAUUGAAGGUGAAAUCGGGUCUUUUCCUUAUCAGAAGCAGAAUCCAGUUGGGAAUAAUGUGGGGAGUGUUAAUUUGGGUGGGGGGUAUGUGAUGAAUCCUUGUAAUAUGCAAUGUGGGGAUCAGGUUUAUUGCCUUCAUCCUGAUGGAAAAAGUGCAGAAGAUGCUUCAAUACAUGAUCCAGGUGUUAAUGGGUGUGAGUUUGAGAAUUUGCAAUGUUUGGGGAACCAAAAUUCGUUGCUGAAUGGACUUCCAGGGUGUGGAAAUGAAGAUGGUUUUACUGUAGCCAAUCCGAAUCCGCCAGGUGGACGAACUAAACGAAAAGGUUCUCGUACAGCAGUGUCUAAAUGAAGUGAUCUGCCAUUAUUUCAGUGUACUGGUUUUGAAGAUGGAUUGUUCUGUUAGUUGGGUUUAUGAGUAGUAGGUAUCGUUUUUGUUCUGUUUAGUCAAACAUAAUGGAAGAAAAUGCUUCUUGAUGUGUCAUGUGCUUAAAUAAUGUUUUUGUGAAAUUAAAAUGUUUUUUUUAUGAUGCUUGCAUGUGUUUGGUUCUUUUUG